AUGUAUUUACACUAUAACACAAAAUUGGAGUUAGUGGUAGCAUGUGAUGCUGGUCCUGUGAGUCUAGGAGCAGUCUUAUCUCAUACAUUUUCUGAUGGCACUGAAAAGCCUAUAGCUUUCACUUCUCCUAUAUUGACAGAGAGUAAGAAAAAAUAUGGACAGAUUGAUAAAGAACAUUAG